AGUUUUUUGGCUUACUAAAAAGAGCCCAUCAUUACUAAAAAUUCCCAUCACUCGUCUGCUGUCUGGGGUAGAUUUUGGUGAAAGGAAACCAGUUUAUUUUAAUAAUUUGGCUAGACAACAAAAUAUUUUCACAAGUGCAAAGCUUGGUUCUUGAAUUUGCGCUUCCAGGAGAUGCAGUCUACAUGUGAGGUUUAAAUUUUAGUUGAGAUUUUGAUAUAGAAAUUCUGCCGCAGUUACACAGGAAAAACUGCAGAGUCGUUUUUCCAGAGUUAAAAUUUUUUUACUCAAAAAUAGUUGUUUUUGCUCUAUUUUGAGUCUACAGAGUAAAAUGUGUCAGUAGAGUGAGAGCUAAAUUACAGAGUAACUGUGACUCCUCCCCUAACUGUUCUCGAUGCAAGGUGACGAGCGGCUCGAGUUGUGCACCGCAUGUACUUCACUCGGUAUAGAGUUAAAUAAUUGGAUUGCUGGAGGCCAUUUUGAUGUGCAUUAUCCCUGUUCGAACAUACUGUAACUGUGGGGACGUAAGGUAUUUUCAGCAUUUACAGGGGCUAGUUCGGUGUUUUUUUUUCUGUCAGACUCUACAAUGUCGAUGUUUCAAUUCAAAAUUCAGUUUAAGAAUCAUUUUUGACCACCGCGGAGCAGCGUACGAUAACUUGUUUCUCUACUAACUGUUCUCCUCCCAAAGUUUAGUUUAUCCGCCACUGCUGUUAGUCAAGGCCAUCUACCGCUGCUGCUUAUAUUAUCCCAAUUCGGACCAUAUUCGGGACGCAAUUUAUUUUCAGCAGUUACAGGGUCUAGUCGGUGAUUUUUAUAUCUUUCUGAAUCUAGAAUGUUGGUGUUUCAAUUCAGAGUUCAAUUUUUACAGACAUUCACAUGAGAAACAGUUACCUCUGAAAAUAGCUAUUGAGCGCCCUGCCUUAAGAUAACUAUUGGACAGUUAUUACAUAUUUAAAAACACAUUAGUGAACAAAGAUUAUUCAUGUUGUGUAGAGUACUCAUUAGGCCUGUUGCGAUAAACGAUAAAUCAGUUACUUGCACGAUAAUUAAAAUGAGGUCUAUCAUUUUUCCUGCGCGAUCAUUUUCACUUGCAUGCUUGUUUGUUUUCGUGUCUCUAACAAAUGGGAAUAUCGGCUCUUUUUAGCAAACCGGCUCAUUUGUCUCAGCUCACCAAGAAGAACCGGCUCUUUCGGCUCUUUAUAAAAAAACCCGCCACUCUCUUCGUUUAACCUGAGGCUGAUUAGCGUGACCUGAUUUCAGCUUGUUAAAAAUAAGACACCGUCUCGUGGGCGGGGUUUUUCAGAAGACAACGUGUUCUGGUCAAAGUCGUUCUUAGUGUUUAGGCAGCUCAAAAACCCAGACAAUUCUAUAAACAUUAAUAAAACAGCUCUUUAACAGGAGCCGGCUCCCAUCGUUCACUAAAAAGAGUCGGCUCAAAGAGCCGUCUUGUUCGCGAACGACACAUCACUAGUAAUGAGGCGUUAACUCUCGUGUCAGUGGGCUCUUUGCACGUCAGCUUCCGCGUUCAUGGAAAUACGGCUCGCUCAUUUCCGGUCUGUAUUAGAUUUGCUAAUAUGUUAAUUGGACAAAUUCUCAAUAGCUGAAUAGCAUCCUAUCAAAGUGGCAUGAACAGAUAAUCAGACAAUUGAUAUGGUUUAUAUUUAAUGCCGUUUACAGGACUUGCCCAAACUUAUGAUCAACGACAUACAGUACAUCGCUUUUGUAAAUCCUUCUCCAAAGUACCAACGAGUAAAUUAGAGAAUUAGAAGGUUUAAGAUGUUUGCCUUGUCUUACAUCCACGGAUACGGAUACAUUCGUUCAACUUUUGUGGCUGGCGUUAGCCGUAGCUUACGCUAAUAGACGUUACUCCCGGACAUUGAUAGUGUAUGCAUGUUGCAAUUAAGUAACUAUGAACAUCCCCAGUCAUUCUAGCGGAGAAUGUUUAACUUAGUAUGUUCUAUAUGUGCUUAAGUACACAUUGCGUUAAUCUGUGUUUGCUAUUCUUAGUGUCAAACGGGAACAGGAGAGGUAUAGGCCUAUAUAGCUGCUUCAGAUCCUUGAAGAAGCACGACAAACAUCGUAGUGUAAAAGUAUGACAGCACUGGUACUUUGUCAGAGUUCUAAUUAAAGCUGUUUAAUAUUCAGAUUUGUGUUAUAUAGACUCAUCAAAGCUUAUGAUAAACCGCCAUAAAACGAGCCACGGAGAUGCUGCAGCGAACGCUUUCAGACAAUGUUGUGAAAAUACGCUGUAUAAAUAAAAUUGAAUAUUUAGGUACAGUAUUAUACUGUAUUAUAUAGCGUAUUUUAAUUAUACACAGUCCAGUAAUUUAAUUUGUAUAGCACUGUAAUUUGAAAAGCGUUUGAAACGGUUGUACUAUAUUUUGCAAUCAAAAUUAGUGACACUGUCCGUUUUAUUACCUAUUAUUCAUGUAAGAAAUAUACACGUGUCAGUUAGACUGAGACAUGAAGAAGAAAAAAUCGGUUAUGAUGAUCAUCCGAUUAUAAUUAUCAAUUUCGCCCAGGCAGACGUGUUCAAUAUAAACGGUAAAGUAAAAUGUGGCAAUAAAUUAUAUGAAACGUGAGUAUAAAUAUGUUGGAUUUGCCGAAUUUCCCAGAGGUUUGCGUGGAAACUUAAAACUCAAUUGUAUUUUGAGGAUGUGGUGCACUUAGGAAAUUAUUAUUAUUGUUUUUUGUUUUUUUUUUAGCUUCUGAAACACAAGUUUAUCCUUUCUUGCGCUCAGUUACUCAAACCGGAAGCAAGUGAGCCGUAUUUCACACUGGCGGAUAUGACGUCACUGCGAUGUUAUUGUUUAUCGCAAUAAUUCCUGAGACAAUUUAUCGUCCAGCAAAAUUUGUUAUCGUGACAGGCCUAGUACUAAUGAAUGUUCUUUUCUUCAUGUGACUGUGAGUGUUAUCCUUAUGUUUAACUUUGUCUUUUUGGUUCCUUCAGGAUGCAAACCAACAAUGUUGUCAGGGUGAAGUUCAAAGACAGCAAGAAAUAUAUUUUUUCUUCAAAACCAUUUACAUUUCAGACGUUUUUGGAAUGUGUUGCCAAGAAAUUUGAUCUUCCUACAAUGGAUGUUAAAGUCUUUGAUGACACAAAGACAGAAGUUGAUGAGGAAGCAUUCGAAUAUCUGAUGACGCGACCAGAUCUUGGUGUUCUAGAAAUUUUCAUCCCAGGUACAGCAAGCCUUAAUGAUUCUUUAAGCUCAAGCUCAUUAGGAGAUACUGAGGGCACAUCAGAAUUUGGUGAUGUAGCAAUGUUGAUUAGAAGUCCUCCUGAAAAAAAUGAAGCUGAGGAACGUCGUCUUGCCCAAAUGAUCGAAGAUAUUCUAAAGAACAGCCCUGGAGGCGAAAGGGUCAUAAACGAAUAUGCUCGCACUAAAAGUCUGUCAGAUGCUCGAAGACGUGACAUGGUGAAAAUCUUGGUAGCACAUUUGACAAAUGAACAUGGAACAAGCCCGUCCCGGCGUAUGAAGGAAGAAUAUGCAAAGGGAAUCGUAUCCCUAUUCCCAAACUUGGCUGACCCCAGGAGCAAGCUUGGUUAUGAGCAUUAUUACAAUGCAACAGAUGGAAGUGGAUAUUUGGCAUGGAGAAUAAAAACCCUGCAGAAAGAAGCAUCUCAGGGACGGAUGAAGCACCAACGGGAACCACAAACAGGUGGGCCAACUGCUGACAGACAUCCAUACAAAGAAGACAGCUGCUUGACUGAUGACCAGUAA